AUGCUAUUGGCCCUCCUCUUCGGCUCCGAGUUGCGCGCCGCCCGGGCCCACGGCGAAUUCUUUGAAAGGGCCAUAGCCAGCCUGGGCUCAGACAGGAACAGUGUCCUCGGCCGCAGCCGGGCUACCGCCAUCCCGUUUCCCGGCCCAGACCCGCUUGUUUGCGGAGCCUUCCGAGCGAUCCUGCAGGGGGAUCACGCUGGCGUUGAGAUAACGACAGCCGCCCAUGAGGGGCUUCUGGAAAAAUGGGGCCCGUUGAGCAAGGAGCGCAGACUCGUUGCGGGCCGGCCACUUCCUCUCACUGACUGCGCCGAGGCCCUUGUCAUAGACGAUUUUUUCGCCGUCAGCCUACUUGACUCAGCCCCCCUGGCUGGCCUCGAUGAGGCUUCUCUUUCCGAGAUCCUCCGAUCCAGCGCGGCAUCGCAAUGCAUCGCUCGAGCAAAGGUCGAGCUUGCAGAGAAAGGGGCCGCCUUGUCGGGGCCCCGGAGGAGGUUGGCCCUGUCUUACGUCACCUUGAAGAGCGCCGCUCUUCCCGCCAUUUCCGAGGAAAGCUGCCUGCUCUCCCUCCUGGCUGCCUGUGCUCCUCUCCUCGCCUCGAACAUAGCCGUGCCCUACGAUGACUUCGCGUACUGUGCAUCAUGGGUCUUCGUGCGGGCCCUCGAGUCUCCCUUGACUCCAGCGAGGUGGAAUCCCCCGGACGAUCCAACGCGCGACGUCCCGCUUCGCAGCCCCUCUGGUGUUGACCUUAGUGCUGGCCUUUCCCGCGAGGAGCUCAGAGCCCUCAGCAGCCUUAGGGACCUCUCCAAGCCUCGGGCAAACUGGGUUCGACUUGCCCUCGCCCUCUUUACAGUCGCUUUUGACCAUCCCUCGGGCCUUGUCCUCGCCCUUGGGAACUUCCCUUCAGGCUCUAGGUUUGCGGCUUUGCCUGAAGUUUCUCCUUACGUGCCGCUUUCCCACCGGAACUUCGAUUCGACUCUUGGUUUUCCUGGUGAAGGCCCGCCUCUUCGCUUGGCCGCCUGUUUUCUCCUUGUGUGGAUUUGCUCCGGGACGCUCAUUCCCCGGAACCUUGAUGACUUCCGCCGCCUUGACCGUCGCCUUCGUCCUCUCCCUCCGGGCCGUCCGGUUCUUGCCGCCACCUCCUCUAGGAGGGUCGUUCUCCUUUCAGGGUUCUCGCAAUGGCUCUCCGAGAUGCUGGGACGGUCUCUGGACGAUGUUUUAGGAGACAAGCCUUUUGACACUGAAGGGUUCGUUGAGGUCCUCGUCCUCUACGGCAGGGACCUCUACAACAGCGGUCGGCCCUACUGGCACUUUUCUGAGACGAUAAAUGGCCUGACUGCUAAGAAGCCUGCGAUCCGGAGAUCCUGCCAAGCUGCAUGGGACCUCGCCUUUACUUGGCUUUCUGAAGAGCCGUCAUCGCACCACAUUGCAAUGCCCCCUCUCAUAUUGAUGGCUAUUCUUACGACGUGCCUCGCUUGGGGCUGGACCCGGGAGGCUGGAUCUCUGAAGCAAGCAUGCCGAGGAAAUCUGGUGUUUCCGGCCGAUGCCCUCUUCAUGCAGUCAUUUAUCCUGGUGCGCAUUGCUCAGCCAAAGACCCGAGGCAGGGCUGCGAAGCACCAGGCUGCGAAGCUGGAACCCAGUGACCUCGUCUCCGUUGUGGCCCUGGCUUUCUUAAAGUUGCCGAAGUCCUCCAGGCUUUGGCCUUUUACCAACCAGACACUUCGAAGGAUUCAGAACUGGUUCGACGCCGUGGCAGAUGGGCUUCGCAUAAGGAACUCUGGCCCAGGCCGUUUCGUGGGCGAACAGCAAUAUCCCCAGCAGGUGCUGGUUCUACCUUUGGCCAUAGGCGGCACCCUGAGCCUUGACGAUUUCGGCGCGAUGGUUGGGGACCGCCUCAGCGAGGAAGAGGUCCAGACGAUCUUCAACCAGCUAUCUGGCGGAGGGGCUGAGGCUUCGGUGGAUGCCUUGUUGAACCUCACGUCGGAUGAGAGGAGUAUUCUGGCGACAGACUUCCUGCAACGCUUCGAGAUGCUCGAGACUCUGAAGUACCCCGUGCUGGUCUCGAACAUCCAGAGGACCCACCAGUUGGUCCGUUACUUGAGCCGGUACACGAACCAGAACGUCGUCAUCGCGGCUGCACUGCUGCAAGUGCUGGCACUAGCAGCUUUGGAGCUCUCAUGGCUUCGGGCCCGGUGUCCGGAUAUCGUAGAGCCAUUAGUUGGUAGCGCGGAGCUGGUUCGGUCCAGCAAGACAUCCCAUGGAAACACGGGACGAGAUCUUCAAGAGAUGCUUCGAGACACCGGUCACCAACGGCUUUUGGCAACCAACAGCGCCAAUGUCGAACUUCGGACCACAAACUCCGUGGAGCUUCGCCACUUUCGGUCCAGCAGGACCAACGGCAACAGAGACAACAGCUCGACAAUGGAGGCCAGACCAGGGCUCAAUGAACGGCCCAGGAGUGGCAGCUACUAUGUCACCAAGCUUCGCGUCGACGCCUCCAUUAUCGGUCCCUACAAGUUUCGCGACAGGGAUGCCUACAAGCUUCGUGCCGAAUAUGUCUCCGAGCUUCGCGUCGGAUACACCAUUAAGCUUCGCGCCGACGACUUCUAUGCCUUUCGCGUCGGCUACCUCGUCCAAUGGGUAUCCAACUGCAAGCUCCGGAAAAGGACAACUCCAGUCUUCCAGGACGCCACCGGAGCGGCGACGUCACUGGAUCCGUGCAGUGGCAAUAACCAGACAGCCUUUCCUCAGGUUCAAAGUGCUUUCGAGGUUCUGGGCCUGAAGAAGCCGGAGGAGAUGCGGAACAAUCCCGACCAGGCCGAGAGAUUCAUCGCAGCUUUGUCAGGUGAGAAAAGGAGCAUCCCGACGUGGUCUGGACAACCGGGAAGUCUACGCACAUGGCUGAAGCUUUUGGCACAUUGGGAGAGCGAAACAACUACUCCCAAACAUAAGUGGGGAAUUCGUCUCUACCAAUCCUUUGCUGAGUCAUCGGAACCCCGCAAGAUAGCAGAUCAAGUGGACCUGGCCAAUGUCCUCAGCGAAAAGGGGUACAGCAUGAUUCUCACGGCCAUCGUUCAGAAAUACAAACCCUUCCUUGAUGUUGCGGCUCCGGCUGCUAUAGAUCAUUUUCUGUUUGCAGGAGAACGACAGCGCGGUCAGGCGUUUGCAACUUUCAUUGCACAGAAGGAAGUGGCUCGCCAAGAAAUGGAGCAAUACUUGCAAGAGAAGUUGAAUGAUCAGGUGGCCGGACGAGUACUACUCAGACAGGCAGGGCUUACCGAAUUUCAGCGGGAACUUCUGGCCCUGAAGGAUCUGAGCCCCCUUCUCACUUUCCAACAAGUGGCCAGCCUACUUCGUCCUCUCGACCGGCCGGAUAUGAUAGCUCAGGCGGCAAACGCAGCACUUGGAAGCCAGGCCGCCAAGCACUAUCCCGUCAUCCGAGAAGAAGAAGGAGGCGAAGAGGACGGCGAGGACUACGACGGGGACAACGGUGACUACGGGGAGGAGGACGAGGACUUCGAUGACGAGCUUCAGGAAGCACCGGAUGAGGAAUCGCUCUGGUUCGAGGACAAGGAGUAUGACGAGGAAGAGGCACGCUACAUCCAAGCGUACCACUCGGCAUACCAGGACAAGGACAACGCGGCAAGUCAAAGGGCCGCGGACACUCUGGUGCAGGAGCUCGGUCAUUUUGCUCGAGAUUGUCCCCUAGUACAGAGCAACGGCAAGGGCAAAGGGGCUUCCUCGAAAGCUGGCAAGGCCGCCGGCAGCUUCAUUGUGUGCCGUGGCAUUGGGGCGACGACAACCACUUCCACCUUUGUCACAUCAAGGACAUCCCUGCAGGUGUUUGCAGGAGUUUCAGUACGCAGUGGAUGUGCCUUGGUGGAUACCGCGGCCGAGGACGCGGUGGUCGGCACCAACGCCCUGGAGGCAAUGCGUCGGGAGCUUCUUCGUUAUGGCUUGCAGCCUAAGAUGAUCGAGGAGCGGUGCACUCCGUGCGCCGGCAUCGGAGGAGCGGCGAAAUCCGUCGGUAUCAUAGACAUCCCUACGUCUGUUGCCGGCGUCCUUGGCUUAGUGCGCUUCACCAUCCUGGAAGACUCCAAGGAUUUCGAGACGCCGCCCCUGUUGCCCAUCUCCUACUUGGAAGCCAUCAAAGCCAUCAUAGACCUCGACAAGGGCGAAGUUCGACUUCCCAACGGACAAGCGACACCCAUGACCCGUUUGUCCUCGGGUCAUCGUUCGGUCGACAUCAUGAACUUCGGCCACACCCCGUGGGAGCUCCCGGCUGAGCUGUGUGACUCUGAAGGUCGUGAUCCCUUUCGCGUGCCCGUCAUCGCCACAACAAUUUCGGGAGGCAGUGACCGCGAGGAGACCGAUGCUCAGAGUGGCGAUGCAGCUCAGGGUGUUCAGGGUAUAGGUCAGCGUUUUCAACUACGCGAUGCCGUCAAUGACCUGGCUCACGACAAGGCCACCCGGGAGCACUUCAGCUACAAGGACAUGGAGCAGGUGUUGGCCAAGAUUCCGGAGCACUGGCGCCCCAAGGCCAGAGCAGUGAUGCAGCCGACUGGGCCCAAACCGGGUCGCAUAAUGCUGGGACUUUAUGCUCAUGGCAAGUUCAAGGGCAUCUCCAAUGACACGAAGGAGUACACGGAGCUGUGCAAGUAUGUGAACAGCUGGAUAAAGUCCAAAGCCGAUGAGUCGUUCACAUGGACCUCGGUCAGUAUCAACAUGCAGACGGGCUCCGAGGUGCACAUGGAUGCACACAAUGACGGCUCUUCAGAGAACGUCACAUGCUCUUUCGGCAAGUUCUCCCAAGGGGAGCUGUGGUUGGAGAUUGAGCCGAAACAGGUUGCCAGCUGCCAAAAGGUCGCAUGGAGACUCAAGCGCGGUGUUCGCACUCCGGGAAGAUUAGUUAACACGUUCCACAGAAUGUACAAGUUCAACCCCAAAACCUACCAUGCCACGAUGCCUUGGACUGGGUCUAGACUAUCCAUCGUGGCCUUUACUGCACGUUCGAUUAGUCGCCUCGCACUCGUGAUCAUGACCAGCCUAGCGGCUCGCGCUGGGCAGAUGGCGGCGGCGGAAGCAGCGGACAUCCCGCUGGACUCCAAGAAGAUGAGCACAACAAAGCGCUUGGCAGCGUGGAAGCGGAUCACCCUGGCGGUGAUACAAAUCCUGAUGACGGCAAGAUCGCAAAUGGUGGUGGACUACAUCGUGACGAAGGGCAGCCAAGCGAUCGACGAGGACCCGGAGGACCACCAGCAGCCACCUACGAAGAGCAAGCAGUACAAGAAGCCCAGUUCGAUGGCACAAGGAAUCGGCAAACAGCUGAACAAGUCCAAUGCACAUCGAAAGUUCCUGGUGCAGGUGGGCCAAUGUCAACAUCCCAGCGACGCUCUUCGGUGCCGUGGCAAUCAACGGGCGAAGUGGUGGACAUGCACACAUUGCGGAGCACGGUGGUCCCGACCCGAGGAAGUUCCAGCGUCAUCGGCCGUCACGAGGGACCCAGUGGUGGUGAAAGACGAAGCGCCGAAAAUCCCAACGAACCGGCAGGGAUAUCCGAGUUAUCUCCCUCCUCCAAAGGGAAAGCCGGAGCAGGGACCUCGGGAAGUGCGGAUGGACCAGGGGCGCAUGGUGACAGUGCGGCACCAACCCGAUGCCGAACAGUGCAUUGGUCCCAAAUCUUCUUCGGCAGCUCCGAGGACAACUACGGCACCUCCCCGAGGCAGGUUCGAGCUCAACUCCGAGGACAACUGGGAGGACGUGGACAUGCCCAACCCCAACGACUUCGAGGCCAAGAAGUUGGUUAAGUCCUUAGACGAAAGGGGAUGGGUGUUGAAGACACUGUUGAUCAUGGUGUCAAUGGCUCAAUGGCAAGGUGGAGCCGAACUACAAGUUCUGGGAAUGCCCCGAGACUCAGGGCACUGGAGCGAAGAGACACAGCAAUGGAUGUGGGAGCACGAGAUUCAGAAAAACCAAGAGACUUCAUCUACGGGAUCCAGACGAGCAGAUAGGUUAGAAUAUGUCAACAAUGAGAUGCAGAAAAACCGAGAGACUUCAUCUACGGGAUCCACGUGGUGUUAUGUUUUUCCCAUAGGACAGAUGCAGCGUGACUGGCUGGGGGAUCUAGAUGGACGACAGUCACUACUUGAUCGACAGCAAGUAAAGCGCUUGGUUCAAGGCGUGACACAGCCAGCUACCGAAGCAUCUAUCUCCAGGAGCUCGGAUCUCAAGCAACAUCCCAGAGGUCAAGGAGGGACAAUCAGCAGCGCAAUAGACAUGACGAGCGCCUGGGAUUUCGGGGUGGCUCAUCAUCGUCGAGAAGCACUACAACUCAUCAGCGCAUCUCGUCCCGCGUUGGUGAUGCUAGGUUCCGAUGGGGAAGAGACGCGAGAGGAAAGUUCGAAGCGGCAUAUGGCGUUCAUGGUGCAACUCGCCAAACUCCAAAUGGAUGCUGGACGCGGCUUCAUCCUGGAGCCACCUAUUUCGUCCAAAGGACGGACCGCCUCAGAUGCUUUACGCGUGCUGCAACAACAGCCAGAAGUGUUGUCCCUCGACAUUGAGUACAGCAUCAGUCCAUCGGGCAGCGCCAAAGCCCGAAAGUCAGUCCUCCUCACCAACUUGGAGAGUGUGAUUAACCGGCUUGCGAAACAAGCUGACAAACACGUCAUGCACUACGAGCUCAAAGCACGAGAGCUACCAAUUUUUCAACAAGUUCUUUUCACAGGUCUGCGGAGGCACCUGCAAGUUCAUCACUUUCCUGUUUUCGAAUGCCCCGACCACUGGCAGUGGCAUCCAGGUGAACUUCGGUGCCUACACUUUUCUCCGAGGCAGACACUAUGCACACCUUCCGAGUGCAAAAUCUUUGAUGUUUCACGUACCCACUUCACGGGGAAGCGCACAUCGACACAACAAUUUGUGGUCGGUGGCUCGCGCAUCAUUGAGGAUGAUUGGACAGUGGCUGGACCUCAACCCGGGCAUCAACCCUGGACCGGCCACACCAGCUUCGCCGUGAGUGUGGAGAUCAUCUUGCCGGCCGCAUGGCGCACGUUGGCCACCCAGAUGGCCAAAUCUGCGGCCCACGACCUCUAUACCUAUCAGCGUGACGAGGUCGCAUUCCAAACGGAAUGGGUCACUAUGGCUUUUCCUUCGCAGAAAAUCUUGGGGGAACGAGCCAAGUCUUCGAGGGCAUCGUCCUCGACCGAAUUCGAAGAUUUUGACUUUGACGAGUUCAUCAACAAUGUGCCCACGGCGACUCUGGACAACAACGACAAACUCGCCAGUUCUCAGGAAAAGCCACCAGAACUUCGUGAAGAAGAUGAACAACAAGUGGCUCAAGAGCUACGAGAACUAAACAUCAACGAGCAAGGCCACGACGAGGACGGGGAGUACCUUCUCAAGCCAGAUCUAAGGAGAGAGUUGUAUCGACUACAUCGGAAUUUAGGACACCCCGACCUCAAGAGCUUCGUUCGAGCACUACGUCAUGCAGGGAUUCGUCCGGAGAUCAUUCGCUGGACCAAAAGAUCCUUCACGUGCCCAAUCUGCGAGGGCCGGAAGAAGCCCAAACUACAGAGGCCAGCUCAUCUGACGAGGCAGAUGGGAUUCAAUGAGGUUGUUGGAAUGGAUCUGUUUUACAUGCGCAGACAGCCAUGGCUAAAUGUGCUAUGCUGGGGCACCCUGUAUCAAUGGACCGAAAGACUACCGGACAAGUCUGCAGAAACAGUGGCAAAAGCAUUUAUGAAGUCGUGGUGCGCACACUACGGCGCGCCACAAAUGCUCGUCGUGGACCAAGGAGGAGAGUUUACCGGCCGGUGGUUUGUGGACGUCAUCUCCGACGCCGGCAUCCUCCUCCACUAUGCCGACGUAAACAGCCCUUGGCAGAAUGCUAGGACAGAGAGAGCAGGCGGAGUGUUCAAGGACAAGCUGGAAACAGUAUGUCAGGAAGCUGCCGUCACAACCGAUGACGAGCUCCUCAUCGCGGCCAACGAGACUUUAUGGACUCGGAAUCAAUAUCUUGAUCGGUCCGGGUUCAGUCCUCAUCAGCGAGUUUUCGGAUCCAGCUUGAGGCCCCCCAUGCACCUCUUGUCCGACGACGUCAUUGCCAAGGAGUUGCUGCAGGACCCCCAGACUGACGUUAUGCAGCGCACGCUUCAAAUCCGGGAGAUUGCGGCAAAGGAGUGGAUGAAAACUCAGGACCGCGAGGCUGUGAACCGAGCGACGAGGGCCAACACCAGGACCAGCGACAUUAAUCCCAUAUCAACCGGGGACGUGGUGUACGUAUGGAGAGACACCGCAGACUUCGUCGGCUGGUCCGGGCCAGGCAAAGUCAUCGCUGAGAGCGAAAAUGGGCGGUCGCUCUGGAUAAGUCUACGAGGAUACCUCAUCAAGGCCUCUCGUGAACAAGUUCGUGGAGCCACGCGAGAGGAGCGACAAGGCGCCGAGAUAUCCCAGCUCAUUUCUCCCGAGAUGUUAGACAAAAUGGAAUCCGGAAAGCUCAAGAACUACACCGACAUUGAAGAUGAAGGAGCGCCCAAAGACACCGAGAUGCCAGGUGACAGUCGAGAAAACCAGCCCGCCGAGAACAUCCUGGAGCCGAUUCCCGAGGAGCUCGACGAGCCGAUGCCGGAGCACGAGCCGAUCCUCGCCGAGCCCGCGACGGAGAACGUCGAUCUGGUUGCGGACGCGAGCACUCGGGCACCAUCUAAGGCAUCGGGAGAGGGAACGCCUACGUUGAGCACUCCCGCCCCAUCUCGCCGGGCGAGUAUACAAGUCGACGAGGCCUCCGGUGGAACGAUGCCAUUCAAUCCAGUUCGCCGGAGCGAGAGCCAAGAACAUCGACCAAUGCCAUACCCGUUUUCGGCAACCCCACGACCUUGGCCGACGCCGGAGACAAGGACUACGUUUCUGGAAAUGGCCGAGGACUCCCCGAACAACACGGAUGGCCGCAAAUACUGGCGGAACAAAGUGCGAGACCGGUGGGAACCGGUCGCGGCCUCUCAAGAAACCUUUGUCGCCGAGCAAGGGGUGGUAACGUACAGCCAUCACGACAAGCGUUUCUACAUGGCGAAGAAGAAGGAAUCGCCUGGACAGGUGCAGUUCAAUCGGCUGAGCAAAGAUGAACAAGGCAAGUUCCAGAAAUCGAGGAACAAGGAAGUGGCCUCGUUGAUUGAGAGUGGGGCCAUCACCAUCCUAUCGCUCGAGGAAAGCCGAAAGUUCAAAGCUCAGAAUCCCGAUCAUGUGAUUCCAAGCCGAUUUGUAGAUCGGUACAAGCCCACGGAGGAGUUCUCCGUGCUGCCCGACAACUUCGACGGACACAAGCUAUCCGCCAAGGAGGCGGAGAAGGUGGCACCAAAAUCAAGGUGGUGCGUCAUAGGAUGGCGCGACCCGCUCAUCAACGACAUCGAGCGGUCAGCUCCGACGCCGUUGACUCAGUCAAUGUAUCAGUUCCUACAGCUGUCGGCGACGAGGAGUUGGCCGGGAACGGUCAAAGAUGCUCGUACAGCGUUUCUACAAGGGCGUCCCACCACAAGAGCGCAGAAGCUGGCAUGCAUAAUGCCAUCGGACGGCAUCUUCGAAGGGUGUCACCCUGAGCGGCUGAUCCUGUUGAACGGCGAAGUAUACGGCCUGGUGAGCGGUCCGGCUUGGUGGAGACGAUCGCUGCUGGAAGUAUUGGUCAAACAACUUGGCUACCGCAUCAAUGCCUACGACAGGUGUGUCCUCACGCUGGACAGCAAGGAAGGCGACGAGCAUCCCAAGCAGACGCAAGGGAUCAUAGUCAUCGAGGUUGACGACUUGCUGGAGGCCGGGGGCAAAAGACACCAGACCUUGAUGCGGCAGCUCGAGGAGCGGUUCAAGUUUGGCAAAAUCGUUCGAUUGCAAGACCAUCCAGAGGGCACGUCAUAUGCUGGCCGGAGAAUCAUCCAGGACAGCGACUACGGGUACCGUUACUCAAUGCACGACUACAUCAAACACAGGCUCAAGUUCGUGACGAUCAACCGUAAGGUGACGCAGAAAGCUGCAGACAAAACUUCGUGCACUCCUGAAGAAAUAUCCCAACUUCGGGGCGCUAUCGCUUCAAUCAACUGGGUAGCUCGUGAGGGCAGGCCCGAUGUAUCUGCAGCAGCUUCCAUCUAUGCUGGUUGCGUGGCAUCCCCCACAGUCGCUCAAGCAUGGGCCAUCAACGACGUGAUCGGACACCUCAAGAAGCACGCCAUCACGCUGAGAGUACACCCUAUACGGGAGCAAGAAGUGAGACAUGUGCUCAUCUCCGACUCCGCCUUCGACAAGUCCAGAAAGGAGAAGUCUCAGCAUGGAUGGCUUCAAGGCAUGACCACCCCGUUGUUGAAUCAAGGACAUGAAGCUCCAGUAUCUCUCAUUGCCUGGAAGUCGCGGAGGCUGCGCCGUAAGGCUGGGAAUACGCUACUCUGUGAAAGCAUAUCGCUCUCUACGGCGUUGGGUGCCAUGGAGAAACAGGUGGCUUUCUGGAAGAGCAUUUGCAACAGCCACUUCAACCCGCGCGACAUGGCAGUGGACAUUGAGGUAGAGCUUGGACUGCGAGGAUCAGCAACGGUGGUGGCCGAGGAAAGCAACGAGUACAAGGACCCCGAGGUUGUCGCCAUUGCGGACGCAAAGAGUUUGUUCGACACGGUCAAGAAUGAGCAAGCGCAAGGCGAAGAUGACCGCUCAGCGCUAGAAGUAGCGAUAAUUCAGGAAUCGCUUGCCAAACUUCGAGGUCGAAUCCGGUGGGUGCCUCACAACUUCAAUCCGGCUGUUGGUGGAGGCGGCUACUCGCUGAAGCGGGCCCUCUUCAACCCGGAGAGCUACGCCAACUCCGAGGGUGGGAUGCUGGCGGCCUUCGGAAGCCUCUUCCAGAACGGGAAGACCAGGAUCUUCACCUACCCGAGCGUCGAUGAGGGAGGCAACGUGACCGCUGCGUCGGUGCCGUCCGAUGACGAGCAGAAGCUCUACGAGUACUUGGAGUCGAAAGGCUACAUCCAGCCGCUCACCUCCGCCUACCUCAGUCGCGAGGCCAGGGACCCCGAGACGAACCAAGCCUUCACCAUGGGGGCUGCCGAGGUUGGCGAGCUGAUCCAGAAGGAUGCAUCGAACUCCGAUUGGGAAAAAUUCGUCCCGGCCGGUGUGGCGAGCACCUGCAAAUCGCACAGGUGGUUUGACCGGCUAACAUCGGGGAAGACGCUGUCGAUAGAGGCGUACAAGGUCUUGAACGACCUCUGA